UGCUGCGUUUGUGGCUGCCGUGAGAGGACGAACCAACCAACCAACCUACCAAGCAGUCAGGCAACAGCUUUUAUACGCAAAACGCCUGGAUAAUUAUGCUUUAAAAACAGAAACCUAUGCGACGCAACUGCAUUGCUACGCCACUAAAGCUUUCCACCAGUGUACUUCCUCGACCAGUGAGUGACCACCAUGUUGUCCAGGUUGAAGACAACCCUGUCCCUGAGGCCCUGUGUCUCUCUGUACAGAUGGGCACACACCAAAGAGAAGGGCAAGCCCCUCAUGCUCAACCCUCGCACCAAUAAGGGCAUGGCCUUCUCUCUAUCAGAGCGACAGGUUUUAGGGAUUCAUGGUCUGUUGCCUCCCAAAGUGGAGACUCAAGACCUUCAGGCAAUGCGCUUUCAGAAUAAUCUCAAGAAGAUGACCGAUCCCUUACAGAAAUACAUCUACUUGAUGGGCAUCCAGGAAAGGAACGAGAGGCUUUUCUACAGAGUUUUGAUGGAAGACAUUGAAGAAUUGAUGCCGAUUGUCUACACUCCCACUGUUGGCCUGGCCUGCACACAUUAUGGGCACAUCUUUCGAAGACCAAAAGGCCUGUUCAUCUCCAUUCUGGACAAGGGCCACAUUCGUUCCAUCCUGGACAACUGGCCCGAGACUAAUGUUUCAGCAGUAGUAGUCACUGACGGAGAGCGUAUUUUAGGAUUGGGGGACCUGGGUGUAUACGGAAUGGGCAUCCCCGUUGGGAAACUUUGCCUGUACACUGCCUGCGCUGGCAUUAGACCUGAGAAAUGUCUGCCUGUGGUAAUAGAUGUUGGCACGAACAAUGAGACUCUCCUCAAGGAUCCGCUGUACAUGGGCCUGUACCAGGAGCGAGAUCGCUCUCAGGCUUACGAUGAUCUGAUUGAUGAGUUCAUGGAGGCUGUGGUGGAAAAAUACGGGCAGGACACACUCAUUCAAUUCGAGGACUUUGGGAACCACAACGCCUUCCGCUUCCUCAGGAAGUACAGGGAGAAAUACUGCACCUUCAAUGACGAUAUCCAAGGCACUGCUGCUGUAGCUCUAGCUGGUCUGUUGGCAGCUCAGAGAGCCAUCGGCAAACCGAUUACUGAACACCGGGUGCUUUUCCUGGGAGCUGGGGAGGCUGCUCUUGGUAUUGCCAAUCUGAUUGUCAUGGCCAUGAUAGAGAAAGGGAUGACCCAGGCUGAAGCCAGGGAGAAGAUCUGGCUUUACGAUAAAGAUGGCUUACUAGUAAAGGGCAGAUCGCAGGAAACGGACUCUAACCAGGAGGCAUUUGUUCAUGAUAGUCCCGGGACUGUACAGACCUUCCUAGAUGCAGUCAACACCUUAAAACCCACGGCUAUCAUUGGUGUGUCAGGAGCCGGCCGUCUGUUCACCCAUGACGUCAUCAAGACAAUGGGAACCUUGAACGAGAGACCAGUUAUCUUCGCCCUGAGUAAUCCAACCAAUAAAGCGGAGUGCACAGCAGAGGACGCCUACACACUCACUGAUGGUAGAUGUCUUUUUGCCAGUGGCAGUCCAUUUGGUCCAGUGACUCUGAAUGAUGGCCGCGUCUACACCCCCGGACAAGGGAACAACGCUUACAUCUUCCCUGGUGUGGCCUUGGCCGUGGUCCUGAGUGGAGUGAGACACAUCAGUGACACUGUGUUCUUGGAGGCUGCCAAGACCCUUGCAGAGCAGCUGACCGAUAAAGAGCUGAAAGAAGGUAGACUCUACCCUCCUCUCUCUAACAUCAGAGAGGUCUCUCUCCAGAUGGCUGUCAAGGUGGUGGAGUUUGUCUAUGCUAACGGUAUGGCGUUUCGCUACCCCGAGCCUAUGGACAAGGAAGGCUUUGUACGUGCAACUGUGUGGGACACCGAGUACGACUCCUUCGAGCCAGACACCUACGACUGGCCAGGUGUCAACUUCAGCCCCAAGAAGUAACUAGAAGUAGCCCGAGCCUGUGCUCUUUGUUUUCCACUUGCCUCUUAAUCAUCGUCAUAGUUACCUUAGUGCAAACAUCUGCUUACAAAAAUCAAGCAGUAGAAGACCCUUACUGCUGCCAUGCGACUGCAUUUGCACUAAAUAAGUCUCACAAGAAGUGUGAAAUGCUAUAGAGGAAGGUGGAAUAUGAAAGAGGACAUUUAAAGGGAAAUGGACACUUUCACAUCCUGGCUCUUAAUCACAUUCAAACCAGCACCUGGAGGGUCACCUGGCGGCGGAGGAAGGCAGUGCGGUUAUCUGGUCAUAUUGUUUCAACCCUCAAGCACAGUUUAAUGAUCUGGAAUAAUGCAGUGAGAUCUUGUCAUUAAGCAGCAAAGCAAAACCCUUUAAAAAUUGAGUAAUUAAACACUGCACACUUUCUCUGGUCAUGGAGAAAAUAACCACUGUGACUAUACAUUUCCACAAUCUUUCUUUUUAGUCAUAACUAACCAGGAAAGAAAAAGUCAUAAAAACUAUUUUUCACCAUUUUAAAAAAGUAGUCCCACCAUAUUUAAUGUAAUGAUGACUAUUAUUUGACCAUUGUACACUCCUGAUUCUGAGGUUAACCUUACAGCUGCUCUGACCAUAUUCAGCAACCUAGAGAUUGGCCAACGUAAUGCACUUAAGUAUAGUAUACAGUUCGGUCAUGAAGCAACUUCACUGAGGAGAGAAAUGGAGGGAAGAUCUAAAGGAAUAAUGUGAAGGGAAUUUAAAUUAUUAUGAUAUCUAAAAACAGACCAACAUCCACUCCAGCAUUUCAUUUGUUAGGAUAAUAUUGUCAUAGUGUAUUUAUUUUUCUGAAUUGUUCUUGGAAGUGUAUUUAGAUGUGUUGCUCUUGUACUGUAAGUUCUAUUAGAAACUUUCUGUGGUAAGAAUUCAUACCUGGAAAACCACCCUUUUGAUAUAUGCGAUGUACAAAUUAAACAUGAACAAUAGUCAUACAUUUAAAAAAAAAAAAAAGGAACUUCACGGUUAAACAGAAUGGAUAAACGAUAUAUUUUAUUGUAAUGGUAUUUUGUCUAUUGUACACACACUUUUGUAGAACCUGAGAUGUGAGUGAUUAUAAAGUUGUGUUUAUUACAUCCAUGUUUGUUUUGACAGGUUGAUGUGAGAGUUUCUAAUUGGAAACAUAUCCAACAAAACAUUUAAAUGCUAGGCCUCUAUUCACUGUUCUGUUAUUUGAUCAUUAAUAACUAUUGACACUAACAGUUAGAUUAACACAGGAAAGAGAAUCCAAAUUCCACCGUAGGCAUGUUCAUAUGUAUAGAAGGAAUUAAGGAAACCACAAACCAAUAAACAUGAAGAUAAAAAUAUUUAAUAGAAAAACAUAACCGUAAAUUAAUCAUAAAUGUAAAUUAAUCAUAAAUAAAUGUAACAAAAGGCAAAUGUGAGUAGAAACAUGUUCUGCCUAAAUUCUCCAGUAGUUUGUUGUAUUAACUUUAUAAUAUUCAAUUAUAUUUUUCUAUUCCACAACUGAACACAACCAGUUGUCAAUAGAAUGUGCUCCACAUUCUUUAUUGUUGCUCUGUGCUCCAGUGUAUUACAGAGGGUGAUCCAAAGAAAAGGGUUUGAUGUGAAAUCUUAGACGUGGGAAACUAACCAUAUAUACUGAACACAAACCAAUUUACACACCCAUGCAGCUAAAAUGUGAAAUAUUAACCAGUUGCAUUAAGACUACUUCAAUCAAGGGCGUUGACAGAGUCAAGCGUGUCAGUCUAUGCUUCAAGUAACUGUACACUGUUUAGUGUUUGUUGAUGCCUGAUGCUGAAGGCAGAGCUGAGAAACUACUCAACAGCACUAAACGUAAAACAAAAGCUUUUUGUCUUUUUCAAAAUUAUUUUAAGUAUUUGAUGUGCAGAUAGACACUUUCCGGAUGUAAACCCACUCUGUAUUUAAACUUUUGUACACGUUUUUAAGUAGUGCAAUAGUUUUAUUUCAAAGAAAUCGUUAAACCUCAUUAAGUGUUUGCUUGCGUGCCUAUCCAGAGGUUCCCGUCCAUGACUCAUCGUCCAGUGUGAGUUUUACUUGUGUAAGAAUUGGGUGAGUUUUUUUUGCUGUAUUCAUGCAGGGCCGUUUGUUUUAAAUGGUUUCCGAAGUUUAUUUUUGUCGCCCGAUUAUAUUGCCUUAGUGCUUGUAAGCAAAGCGAAUACCAAUGUUCCGAAUAAAGUUUUGCCCUGG